AUGAACGAGCCACUUACCAUUGAGUGCGAUGCCAGUUGUUUUGGUUUGGGUGCAGUUGUUUACCAGAUGGAUGGAGUACUGGCGUAUGCAUCGAGAACGCUUACCCAAACGGAACGGAACUACGCACAGAUUGAGAAGGAGCUGCUGGCCAUUUUAUUUGCGUGCACUCGAUUCGAUCAAUUGAUCGUUGGCAAUCCCAAGACCGUUAUCAAAACAGACCACAAGCCGCUUAUUAAUUUGUUCCAAAAGCCUCUAAUCUCUGCUCCGCGACGUCUUCAACAUAUGCUGCUCAAUCUCCAGAACCCCGAAGAGUUCUUCGAAAAACGUGAAAUCUACAAAGUAUCCAACGAAGUUGAACAACUGCAGUUGAGUAAGUUUCUAGGAGUUUCGGAUAGUCGCUUGGAGGAAAUAAAAACCGAGACCAACAAGGACCAGUCAAUGCAACUGAUCAUUGGAUACGUACAGCACGGUUGGCCUGUGACGGCCGAUCGUGUACCCGACAGCGUUAAGAUUUAUUUCAAUUUCCGUGACGAGCUAUCUACUCAAGAUGGUUUAGUGUUUCGCGGAGACCGAAUAGUGAUACCACAUGUACUACGACGUAAACUUGUAGACUGCUGUCACAUAAGCCACAAUGGAAUCGAAUCAACACUCAAGCUGGCUAGAGCAAACAUCUUCUGGCCGGGUAUGUCAUCGCAGAUCAAAGAUGUCGUCAAGCAGUGCGUCACCUGUGCCAAAUAUGCCGCCUCGCAACCGAAUCCUACGAUGAUGACCCACUGCAUACCAGUGUAUCCUUUCCACCUAGUGUCCAUGGAUGUGUUCCAAGCAGAAUAUAAUGGCAUCAAACGUAAGUUCCUAGUCACCGUAGACCAUUACUCUGACUUUUUUAAACUGGAUCUACUGAAAGACUUGACUCCUGAAUCAGUAAUCAGCAUCUGCAAGCAAAAUUUUGCUCGUCAUGGUAAACCGCAACGAGUCCUUAGUGAUAACGCCACAAACUUUUCGAACGUUAAAAUGGUCCAGUUUUCUAAAGAAUGGGAUUUCGAGUUGGUAACUUCAGCACCACAUCACCAAAAAGCGAAUGAUAAAUCAGAAGCGGCUGUGAAAAUAGCAAAACGUUUGCUCAAGAAAGCGGAAGAAACUGGCACUGACUACUGGUACGCACUUCUUCAUUGGAGGAACAUUCCGAAUAAGAUUGGUUCCAGUCCUGCAUCUCGCUUAUUUUCACGCUCAACCCGAUCUGGAGUACCAACAUCGACCGCAAAAUUGCUCCCAAAGGUGGUAGAAAAGGUACCUGAAGCUAUAGAAGAAAACCGUAAAUCAUACAAACGACAUUAUGAUAGAAAAACUCGGAAAUUACCUGAUCUCCAAGUUGGUUCGCCAGUAUACACCCAGUUGCAUCCAGAAACUUCUAAGCAAUGGUCCGCUGGAACAAUUGCCAAUCGUUUGAGUGAGCGGUCCUAUGUAGUCAACGUUGAUGGAGUGGAUUAUCGUCGUAGCCUCGUACAUCUUAAGCCACGUAAUGAACCCGAUACCUCGAACCUCGAUCAAACUUUGGCCAUUCCUGAAACAAGUUCUUCAAGCCCGAAUCAAGUAGACGUCCGAGAAACUGAACAACCGAACAAUUGGCAGGAGGAAAACACAACAACACAGCUUGCUUCGAUCGAUUCCAAUCCGUCGACAUCAACAUCAGCAGCGUCGCGCACCCGGCCGACGCCCACUUCAAAACAUACACGAUCAACACAACAAACUCAAAAGCAGGUUCCGAAUGAAGCAGUUGCAGGAAGACCGAAACGCGAAAUACGCAUUCCGGAUAGAUUCAAGGACUUUGAAGUAACAUUUGAAUAA